AGAAAGAAUUGAUUGUGACAAGAAAGAAGGACUUUCAUUCACCUCUCUCUCUCUCUUCUUCUUGAUUUUCCUGCACAGAGGAGGAGGAGGAUGAGGUGGUGGUGGAAAUUAAUGGGAGGGAAAGCAGCUUAAGCGCUGUCGUUUAGACGUCCAAGCAAAGCUUUAACAGAUUAAACGAAAAACAACAACAAAACCCAUUGUUGUAUACAAGUUUCCAAGCUUUCUCUUACCGUACCCUUCUGUUUUUCUUUUUUAUUCAAAUCUUCUGCCGUUUUUUGCCAGUUCCCGGAAAACCAAAUUCCCGCCCGGAAAUAGAAUUUUUGUCUGUUUGCUUUUUUGCUCGAGAUUGGGUUCAUUCUAAGCAGUUGAAUCUCUGCUUCUCUUAUUUGUUUAUUACUGUGUGAUUGUCGAACUUUGCUAAAGAUGGGUUGUGGCGGAUCCUCUCUGAGCAACGCAGAUGUAUAUGCUGCUCAAACAGUGGAAAGAGAACUCUAAGAACAUCAAAAAGCCUAAACCUUGGAAGCAUUCAGAACCGAUUACGAGGACACAACUGAUGCAGAUGCGAGAUGAGUUUUGGGACACUGCUCCUUACUAUGGUGGCCAGAAAGUUUCUGAUGACAUAAUAAGCAAUAUAUCAGAGAUAUGGGAUGCACUUCGAGCUGCUGCAGAAGCUGAUAUAAAAUUUGGACAAACAAUUGUAGACAGUGCCGGUGUGAUUGUUCAAGGUGCUGACUUGACAAUAUGUUAUGAUGAGAGAGGUGCGAAGUAUGAACUACCCAAGUAUGUGCUAAGUGAGCCAACCAAUUUGAUUAAGGACAAUUGAUGUAGGUUAUGUAUAUGGUACACUGCUCCAUUCAAAACUGUAAAAUUGGUGCAUCAACUCCUAACAAAUCUUGGCAUGGUGUGGCAACAAGUUCUCAGUUUCAGGAAUGUGGAUAAGGUUCUGAUUCUAAGGGAAAGAAAAUUUACAGUAAAAUCCACAUUGAAUAUUGAAAAAUGUGAAGGUAAAAUAGGAUGUAUACAGUAGUAGGAAGCUGGCUUUAAGCUGAAUGAAGCAACAUUUAUAAUCUUCUUUCUUUGGUCAAGUACUUGUGCUCUAAAUAUAUAUAUAUAUAUAUAUAUAUAAUUAGUCCUAAAUAAGAUUUCAUUUGUUA